AUGCCUCGCACAUGCCACUUGGAUAUUCGAAACGCUCUUGCGCUCCGUGCGCCCCGGGGCUUUGUCGUCGCCGGAGAUGUAGAUUUGCGAGGCGGGGGCACACCGCCCACAGCGGCGCAUGCCUCUGGGCAGUCGAAUGUUCCCAUGUCUCGCCCUGCGCACAGCAUGGGCAGCGAGGAAACGCUCAAGGAGCUUCGCGCGGACCCGGCUUCUGGCUUGUCGUCCGACGAGGCUGCCCAACGGUUGGCCAGCGCAGGCCGCAACGAGCUGGAACAGAAGAAAGGUGUGCAACCAAUCAAAAUCUUCAUCGAACAGAUUUUCAAUGCAAUGACUUUGGUACUGCUUCUCGCUCUCGCCGCCAGUUUCGGCAUCCGAGCCUGGAUCGAAGGUGGUAUCCUUGGCGGUAUCAUCCUUCUCAACAUUUUCAUCGGCUACUUUCAGACGCUGCAAGCCGAACGCACGAUUGACUCUCUACGGACACUUGGCAAUCCUACCUGCAAUGUCUUCCGCGACGGUGCCACCAUUAACAUCCAGACCGCAGACAUAGUUCCAGGUGACAUUGUCGACCUCAACACCGGCGACUCUGUGCCCGCAGAUAUUCGACUUCUCGAAGCCAUCAACCUCGAGGCUGAUGAAGCUCUCCUGACUGGUGAAUCAGCUCCCGUGUCCAAGAUCCCCGCCAUGGUCUUUGAUGAGGACACUGGCCCUGGCGAUCGCCUCAAUGUCGUCUUCAGCUCCACAACAAUCACCAAAGGCCGUGGCCGCGGCGUUGUCUUUGCUACCGGAAUGUUCACGGAGAUUGGUCUCAUCGCGAGGGCUCUCCAGGGUGAUGGAAAGGAGGCCGUUCAGGAAAACGGCGGUGCAGAUUCCUUCUUCAAGAGGGCACGAAAUUCUACGGUUGCCGCCCUCGGCGAGUUUUUCGGCUUGACAGUCGGCACCCCUCUUCAAAGAAAGCUCGCGCAGCUCUUUCUCGGGCUUCUGGCCUUUGCCAUCCUUUGUGCCAUUAUUGUUCUUGGCGCCAACAAGUUCAGCACUCACACGGAUGUCAUUCUGUAUGCCGUCACCACAGCCAUCGGCACCAUUCCGGUAUCUCUUCUGCUGGUGCUCACUGUGACAAUGGCUGCCGGAACGAAGAAAAUGCUCCAACGCCAUGUCAUUGUCCGCAACCUGCAGAGUCUGGAGGCUCUUGGCGGAGUUACUAAUGUCUGCUCCGAUAAGACCGGCACCAUCACUCAGGGCCGCAUGGUCGUCCGCAAGGCCUGGCUGCCAGCCUCGGGGACAUACUCGGUCGAAACCACCAACGACGUCUACAACCCAACUGUGGGCGAGGUAUCAUUCACCACCACAGAACCUCGGCAAAUGAGCGCAACAGAGGAGAAGCGUGCGUCCAUGCCGGCCAUCACCCCGACAGAGCAUGUCACCGGGGCACCUGCUCUCCAGUGGUACCUCAACAUUGCGUCGCUCGCAAACCUCGCCACUCUCGAGCAAGGCGGCGACGACGAGGAGAAGGAGUCUGGAGAGUGGAAGGCUCGCGGCGCACCCACCGAGAUUGCGAUCGAAGUCUUUGCCUCACGAUUUGGAUGGAACCGCAUCGUGCUCUCUGAGGGGCCUUCGGCCAAAUGGAGUCACAUUGCCGAGUUUCCCUUUGACUCGGACGUCAAGAAAAUGUCCGUCCUGUUUCGCGACAUGGAAUCGAAGCAGACGCAUGUAUUCACCAAGGGCGCUGUCGAGCGCGUGCUGGACAGCUGCACCAAGAUUGCCCUUGACGAAGACAUACAAGACCUGACCGAAGCAGCCAAAGACAACAUCUUGGCCAACAUGGAGGCGCUCGCCAGCCAAGGCCUGCGCGUCCUCGCCUUGGCCCACAAGAUCAACGAAACCGUCAUCGCCGAGUCUGACUUUGCCCACGGCGCCAGCCCGUCGCGCGACACUUUUGAGCACGGCCUCGUCUUCCGCGGCCUCGUCGGCAUCUACGACCCGCCGCGGCCCGAGUCGGCGCCCAGCGUGCGCGCCUUCCACGCCGCCGGCAUCGUCGUGCACAUGCUGACGGGCGACCACCCGCAGACGGCGCGCGCCAUUGCCCAAGACGUCGGGAUCCUGCCGGCCGAGGACGCGCUGCGCAUGCUCGCCGCCGACGUCGCCGCGUCGCUGAUGACGACGGCGCAGCGCUUCGACGCGCUGUCCGACGAGCAGAUCGACGCGCUGCCGCAGCUGCCGCUCGUGGUGGCGCGGUGCGCGCCCAGCACAAAGGUGCGCAUGAUUGAGGCGCUGCACCGCCGCGGCAGGUACGUCGCCAUGACGGGCGACGGCGUCAACGACAGCCCGAGCCUGAAGCGCGCCGACAUUGGCAUCGCCAUGGGCACCGGCUCGGACGUCGCCAAAGAGUCGUCGGACAUUGUGCUGACCGACGACAACUUUGCCUCGAUCCUCAACGCGAUUGAGGAGGGGCGCCGCAUCUUUGACAAUAUCCAGAAAUUUAUUCUUCACGUCCUGGCGGCGAAUAUUGGAUUCGUCAUCUCGCUGCUCACUGGCCUUUCGUUCAAGGACCAAGAAGGCGUCUCCGUGUUCCUGCUGUCGCCGGUUGAAAUUCUGUGGAUGCUGCUCGGAACUGGUGCAUUCUCGGAAACUGGUCUGGGCUUUGAGAAAGCAGUGCCAGAUAUUUUGAACCGUCCUCCACAUAAUCUCAAAUAUGGUGUCUUUACCCCCGAGUUCAUCUUCGAUAUGGUAGUGUACGGUAUUCUCAUGGCAGGCUGCGUUCUGGGCUCCUUCACUGUCGUCAUUUUCGGCUUCGACAACGGCAACCUCGGCGUCGACUGUAACAACCGCUACUCUCCCGCCUGCGACGAAGUUUUCCGUGCGCGUGCCACCGCCUACGCCACAAUGACUUGGAUAUUCUUAAUCUUCUCUUGGGAGCUCAUCGACUUCCGCCGAUCUCUGUUCUACAUGCCAAACGGCAUUGGUGCUUGGGCAGGACACCUCUGGAGCAACAAGUUCCUCUUCUUCUCGGUCACGGUUGUCUUUGCCAUUGUUUUCCCGACAAUCUACAUUCCUGGACUGAAUCAUCUUGUAUUUUUACACACGGGUAUCACGUGGGAGUGGGCAGUUGUCUUCAUCUCGGUUGGCGUGUGGAUGGUAGGCACUGAGUCUUGGAAGUGGGCGAAGCGUGUCUACUUCCGCCGCACAGCGCCAAAGACGCAGACUUCCCCGGGUAUUACUGACGUAUAG